UAUAAUAAAUUAUUCUGGUCUUUUUUGGAAAAUAUAUUUCAAUUUUAUUGUCUCAAACAGUACAAUAAUUUUAUUUGAUAAAAUAUUUAAUAAUAAUACUAAAAUAAAUUCUUCUGGUCAUUUGCAGUUGUAGUUCUUGUAUUUAUUACCCCUAUGGCUUCAUACAUGUUGAUAUAUUCUGGCCACAAAAUAGAAUAUGAAGUUGUGAGAAUUCUAGUUUUUCAGAGGAUUGUCUUGUAGAUAUUGAACGUUUAAGUUGCUGUUGUGAGAUUUAUAAGGAUGAAAAAAACUUAAUUCUCCUUCUGGUAAAGGGACAAUAAGAUAUAUUGAAUUUUGAAACAUAAAAUAUCGAUUUGUUCCUGCCUUUAAAUGUACUUGUAUAAAGUUCAAGAUUCUUGUUAUUACUGCCAUCACAGAAGAAGAUUAAAUUUGCCCCUUUCAAGUGAAUGCACCGGUCGCCGCCGCCGCACCGAUGCGACGAAAUGGAAAGUCGCCGGGGGCGCGCCGCCUAUGCCGAUUGCAAUCGCAUCGAACUUCUGCACGUUUUCUCGGAAAUCCAUUAGUUUUUCCAGGAAAACACGGUACCGCCAAGUGGCGGCGCAUGUGUCCUUGCCACAGUCCGCCUGUUAGUUGCCUGUUCGGUCCGUCAGAGUGUCAGUCACUCCGAAAAUCCUGUGCCGACCUCACUGGGUGUGUUAAUAACACGGCGUAUCGUUCAUAAAACUCAUCACAGUGCACUCUAGCCUGUGGAUACGUUUGGCCGCGUACGCCUUGACUGAUACAAAAAAAUGGACAUCGAGGAGGUGUGGUUGUAGUAAUGAGUCUGUGGUUACCGGUUUGUGCGGUCGUAGGCAACCCAGCGGACGGGCGUGCGAAACCCUUGCAUAAUAAACCGUUCAAACAGCCCGUUUAGCCCACCGCAAUCCGUCACGGCGAAUCACGAUUUGUUUCAGUGCGAUUGGGAAUGCUGACGCGCGUGGUUCGUUCGUAAUCGGCAUAAUAUCGACACAAACAUGAUUUCCUAACGUUACUUUGAAUGUCAAGCAGUAGGUUAAUUUAUUUGUUAUUGCCAUGGCAGAAGAAGAGGUGCUCUUCGACGAUGUCUACGAUUUGUGUGAAGAAAUCGGAAGGGGACCAUUUAGCGUAGUAAAACGAUGUCUGCACCGUCAAACGGGGCAGCAAUUUGCUGCCAAAAUUGUGGACGUCGCAAAAUUCACUUCCACUCCAGGAUUGAGUACGAACGAUCUGAAAAGGGAAGCUACAAUAUGUCACAUGCUCAAACAUCCGCACAUUGUGGAAUUAUUAGAGACGUAUUCGUCGGAGGGAAUGCUUUAUAUGGUUUUCGAAUUCAUGGACGGCUCCGAUCUUUGUUACGAAGUCGUUCGAAGGGCUGCAGCAGGAUUUGUUUACAGCGAAGCUGUUGCAAGCCAUUACAUGAGGCAAAUUUUGGAGGCCCUGAGGUACUGCCACGAGAACGACAUCAUCCAUCGUGACAUCAAACCCGAAUGCAUAUUACUGGCGACGAAAGAGAAUUCGGCACCCCUAAAACUCGGAGGAUUUGGCGUGGCUGUCCAACUAUCCGACAGACACCCCGUCAACAUUAUAGGGAGAGUAGGCUGUCCGCAUUUUAUGGCCCCGGAGAUAAUAGAGAAGAGACAAUACAGCAAAGCGGUGGACAUAUGGGCGGCGGGGGUGCUGCUCCACAUCCUGUUGUCGGGCACGGUCCCGUUCCACGGCAGCGGACGCCGCUUGAUGGAGGCCAUAUGCAGGGGGAAGCUUCACAUUGACAACUCACCCCAGUGGGAAUUCAUUAGCGACAACGCCAAAGAUUUAGUUCAGCAAAUGUUAACCGUAGAUCCGAAGCAAAGGAUAACUAUUCAAGAAAUUUUAAACCACCGGUGGCUCAGGGACAGGGACAAGGGACUGAAAAUCCAUCUGGCGAACACAGUAGAAGAAUUAAAAAAGUUCAACGCACGACGGAAAUUAAAGACUUUUAUAUUGAGUGUUGUUAAUUCUAGUAAAUGGUAUCCGUACGACGAUACGAAUGCUGAUAGUUUUUCCGAUUUUGGUGAUGAUGAAGUGUCUUCCUGCGCCGUAGCAACAAUCAUUGAUUCGUUAGACGAUAUAUACUGCCUUCAAGAGUCGCAACCCCAAGAAAAUGCGCAUUUACUUGAACUACUUGAGGACACACAUUUGCACGUUAUACUUGAAUUAUUCGACCGCAUCGCCAGCAAAUCGGCGACGCCGUUGAGGCCUCCCCAGAGCGACGCUGUCCAAAUAGCCCGUGACGCCGCCGACGCACUCCGCGAGCUGGAGAACCGCCGCGACACCGACCACAGGGACCUGCAGGAAUUGAGGGACUUGCUUUGUCGUCCACACUUUAAGGCUCUGUUGCAAGCGCACGAUGUGGUCGGGCACGAGAUCUACGGCGAGGACGCGAUGCGAGUCACGCCGCCGCCGUUGUUGCCCUACCUCAACGGCGGCGACGACCUCGACGGCCCUAACGGCGACGUCGAGAUGGAAAACGUAACGCGGGUGCGACUCGUCCAGUUCCAGAAGAACACCGAUGAACCCAUGGGUAUCACGCUGAAAAUGAACGAGGACGGCAAAUGUAUUGUAGCUAGGAUAAUGCACGGUGGCAUGAUCCACAGGCAGGCCACGCUGCACGUGGGCGACGAAAUUAGGGAAAUCAACGGAAUUCCAGUCAUGAACCAAUCGGUGAAUUCCCUACAAAAAAUCCUCAGGGAAGCCCGUGGAUCAGUUACCUUUAAAAUAGUGCCAUCGUAUCGAAGUGCACCGCCACCCUGCGAGUUAUUCCGGAUUAAACCUCUGCCAGUGUUAAUAUUUGUGAGGGCGCAAUUCGACUAUGACCCACUUGAAGAUGAUCUUAUACCAUGUGCUCAAGCCGGAAUUGCUUUCAAAACGGGUGAUAUACUUCAAAUAAUUAGUAAAGACGACCACCACUGGUGGCAGGCGAGGAAGGACAACGCGGCAGGCUCGGCAGGCCUGAUUCCUUCGCCCGAACUGCAGGAAUGGAGGGCGGCCUGCGCGGCCAUGGAGAAAACCAAACAAGAACAAGUGAACUGCUCGAUAUUCGGUCGACACAAAAACAAGAAGAUGAAGGACAAAUAUCUGGCCAAACAUAACGCAGUCUUCGACCAAUUAGAUUUAGUCACUUACGAGGAAGUAGUCAAAUUGCCAAUGUCAGAUCCGGCUUUCCAGCGGAAAACGCUCGUCUUGCUCGGCGCCCACGGAGUUGGAAGGAGGCACAUAAAGAAUACGUUAAUUGCCAAGCAUCCAGACCAAUAUGCUUACCCGAUUCCCCAUACAACGAGACAACCGAGGGCGGACGAGGAGAACGGCCGCAAUUACUUCUUCGUGUCGCACGACGAAAUGAUGGCGGACAUCGCCGCCAACGAGUAUCUGGAGUACGGGACGCACGAGGACGCCAUGUACGGCACCAAGUUGGACACCAUCCGGAAGAUACACCAGGACGGCAAGAUGGCCAUCCUGGACGUGGAGCCGCAGGCUCUCAAAGUGCUGAGGACCGCCGAGUUUUCGCCCUACGUUGUGUUCAUCGCCGCCCCGGCCUUACAAAACAUGGCUGACUUUGACGGAAGUCUGGAGCGGCUCGCCAAAGAAUCGGACAUGCUACGCAACGCGUACGGACACUACUUCGACUUAACAAUCAUCAAUAACGACAUAGACGAGACGAUUGGAGCUCUGGAGUCGGCGAUUGAACGCGUCCAAACCACACCGCAAUGGAUACCCGUCUCGUGGGUGUACUGACAGCAACCCAACGCCUGGGAGUUCGGGUCGUUGCAGAAUUUCUAAGCUCUAUCAAAAAGUAUUAAUUGCCUUGAAUUGUUUUCAUUUUAACUUGGUUCUAUUCAUUGUAUGGAUUUGUCAGCAGUCCGUUGCAGUCCACGUACGCUGGUCUCCGCGCGCAAAAUGCUAUUAAUAAUAAUAAGUGUUAGAUUAGGCCAGUAACAUUUCAAUAGAGAAUACACCACGCAAGCGUCACACACACAUUACAUAUUUAAACGAUUGGCAGAAAAUCCUAACAUAUUUGUUUGGUGUAUCCUCCACGUGUUGUGUAAUUAGAUCAUUGUGUUUUUCGCCAACAUCACCUUAUUAAUUAAUUACUUUACGAGUAGGAAAUAUACGUUAGCAAAGUACUACAACUCGUUAUUAAGCUACGCCCCCAAUUUGGGUACCCGGGUGUCGAUCCCGUUCGGGUGUUUCCGGCGUUAACCCCACCACUUGACUCGGAAGGUUAUUGCUAACAUAUAUGUUCAUAUUUCAGACACCUCUUGCUGUCUUCAAGUAGCAGUUUGGUUACUUUACAUCACAAUUACCUAAAAUAAAUGAAGGGACAGUUUCAAAUCUAUCUAGUAAUGCUCAAUUCAAAAUAAUUGGCACCAAUCUGUUACUUUUUAAUGAUUUAUGCUUCACAUUUUAUAUAUCAUAGGAUAAGAGCUUCUGCGAACCGAUAAACGUGAAAUUUGAUACAUUGAGCUGACUACUACUAAUAAAACUAGUGUGUGUUUUAAAUCAAUAAUCACUAACAUACAAUGAUCCAGUUACAAUAUCGUCAAUUAAUUUUUGUAAAGCUGGACCGUAUGUAAAAUUGUUCAGCUUUAUAAACAUAGAUUUAACAUAUAAUUGAAAUAUUGAUUUAAAAACAUGCUUGUAAAUUUAAUUUGACACCUUAAAGUUACCCACAAUCAGUUUUACAAUAAGAACGUGCACUGGUAGUUUAAUUUUCGUAGCAAAAUAAAUUACGAAACGCUCAAUAAAACAGUUGUAAAAGUUGCUUCAAUUCAAAAUGAUAGCAAUAUGUCUGGAGCAUUAAACAAUUUAAUUAUAUAAUCGGAUUAUACACUCACACAAGUGUUGAUAAGAAACUUGAAUCGUUGUAUCUCAGCUACUACCUUAUAGAAACAUUGUCUGUGUGUUGUGUUCAUUAAUUUUUAAUAACAAUUUAGCCGAGUAAACUACUGAAGUAGUGGUGAUUGAGCGUGAAAGUAAACCUGAUUUGAUUUUUCUGUGUUCUUAUAAAAUCGAUAAAAAUGUAUAGAACUAGUCUAAAUAAAAAGAAUACUACGAAUUUAAUGAAACGUAUUACUAAAAUAUACAGGGAUGUAACGUUAAUAUGUUUCGUCAGUCUUUCCCGCGUAACAUUUCUAGGGGCUGAGAUUCAAAUUAAUUAAUAGCAAAAUAAAACAAGUCAAAAUUAGUUUUUGCUCAAUAACUAAAACGUUGAAAUGAUUAAGGCUAAGGAUGUUUCUUUCAGACAAGAUAGUUACUAGUAAGAGGAACUUUCGCAGGUUGGUUAUAUUAACUAGAUAGGUAUAAUUCAAAACAUUAUUAUUAUUAGGUGUUCAAAAAACAACUUUACUACAGCCAACAUAAAGAGAAAUUUAUAAUGGACCAAUAUAAUGAAAAUAAUUGACGAAAUUUCAGUUCGUAGUUGUUUGUGUAGUCGAAUUUUAAAUAAAAAAUAUAUAGACAGCUUCGUAGCGAAAUAUUAUAAUGCCGUUAAUGUAUUAAUUAUACUAUAAAUUAUAUAAAAAUGGUCAAAAGCUGUGCAAAUAUAGUUAGUUAGAAGGCAUGACUAAGUUUUGCUUUUUCAUAUUGCAGAAACUUGUUAAUAUAAUCAACAUUUAAACCACUAGGAAAUCUGUAAACGUUCAUAUAUGUUGCCAUAUUAUUGUUAUAGAUAAUUAGCAAUUUAUAUGUAUGUUUUUGUUAAAAUAACUUUGUUAAUACAUGGCGCAUAAUAUGAACCUGAUAAUUAUGUUUUAUAUUUUAAUAAAUAUUGUUAUAUAAUGUAUAUGUAAUUCUACAAAUGUUUUUGAUAAAAUAAUUGGCAUCAAACAUCGUUUACAUAUCUAGAUAAAAUGGCUAAUUUGAUCGUUCGUAACGUACUAGUUCAUCUUUUUACUUACAAUUUUAAUGGCAAUUUUAUUCAAACUUGUAGGCGUAUUUAAUUUUAUUUAUAUAAUAAGAUAUGUACAAAUAUGUUUGUGCCAUAAACAGUUAUAGUUUUAUAUUGUGUUACUAUUACAUUUCUAUUAAAUGGAGUAAUAUGUUAACGCAAGGAGAAAUUAAGAUACAUGAAUUUAAAAGUGAGAUUGCUUCCUGUAAAUGUAUAAAUUUAAAAUUGUGAACGACUAAGGUUUAUUCCUUAUAAGUAAUUUGAUAAAAAAAUCCUAGAGUAGGCAUACCGUUUGCAAUUCAGUAACUAGAAUGAAGUAGUUGAAGAUAUUUCGAAAAAUAAACAUGUAAUAUUAUUA